UGUGCGGCGCAGCCCCGGGACCGCCCCGGCCGGGGAAACUCCGGGGCGGCUCCGCGCGCCGCUGACCGGGUGCGGGGCCCAGGGGUGUGCCCGGCCCCGCCCGCCUCCGCCCCCGCCCGCGUCCGCCGCGCGCCCCUCCCCGCGGCGGCCGCGGCGCUUCCAGGGGCGGCGCGGAGCGACUCGCCCAGCCGCCAGCGCCGGGAGCUCCAAGCUGCUUGGGGAAUUCACUUCGCCGCUUUUUCGCUUCUCCGUCCUCAGGAUUCUUCUGAUGGCUUUCUGUCUUCGGCUCUAUCCUUUCUUUUAAAAGGGAAACUUCACUGCCAUUUUGCUUUCCCCCCGUGGGGGAGAGGAUUAAAAGUUCCGAGAACUGGAGGCGCCCGCGGGGCCCCGGCGCCGAGACGGCGAGUGCCGGCGGGGCUCCAGUCCCACCAUGUGCACCAACAUAGUUUACGAGUGGCUGCGAGCGCUGCAGCUCCCGCAGUACGCGGAGUCCUUCGUGGAUAACGGCUACGAUGACCUGGAGGUGUGCAAGCAAAUCGGGGACCCUGACCUGGACGCCAUCGGGGUGCUGGCGCCCGCACACCGCCGCCGCAUCCUGGAAGCCGUGCGGCGGCUGCGGGAGCAGGACGCCGCCGCCGCCGGCCUCUACUUCACGCUGGAGCCGCAGCCACAGCCCGCGCCGCCCGCGCCGCCCGCACCGCCCGCGGUCCUCCGCCCCACGGGCCGCCGUGGGGAGCCGAGCGGCGGCCCGGCCCAAGGCUCCCGCGGGGUCCCCUGCAGACAGACGACCGCCCCCCACAGCAGGGAACUGGUGAGCUACCCCAAGCUGAAGCUCAAGAUCAUGAUCAGGGAUAAGCUGGUCCGAGACAGCAUCCACCUGAGCAAACCCCCGUACUCCCGCAAGGUCCCCAUGGCUGGCAUCCUAGCGUACUUAAUGAAUUGGCCGAAGUCAUCACAGAACCGCUAGAUAUCAUUUUUGAGAACCCGUGGAGGACUGGUGAGGUGCCUGAAGACUGGAAAAGGGCAUAUUUAGGACCUUCUUUCAAAAAGGGAAAUGGAUGGUGACCCUGGAAAUACUCAUCAGCUUAACUUUUUGCUUGGAAAAACUCUGGAAUAAUCAGUCUACUGGGUAACUAACUUACAAUAGCUAGAAAUGAGGCAGCAAAAUACUACAUGUUAACAAGUACUGAGUUCAUUUUUAAAGGACACAUCAUUAUGAGAUACCGUCAUGCAUAUUCUGGGACUCUUCCCUUUAUUCCAUGAGUUCUUGAGGAAAAUAAAUGAGGUUAACUAAGGUUUGGGGUUUAAUGAAAUUUAAGUAUAAUAUCAGACGAAUAGCAGAUUUCUGGCAUUAGCUAGUAAUUACAUUAUUUUUAAAUUAACCUUUAACUUGAUAAGAGUGGCUUUAAUUUUGUAUUUCAACCUGUUUUUUUUUUCACUUUAUAUAGGACUGUGUUUUCAUAGGUUGAGAUAGUUUAUAUAAUUUUAUAUUGAAUAGUUUGGUGACGGAAUUCUUAUUUUAAGGUACUUUAUAUAGUCAUUUCAUAUAUAGGUCCAUUUAUAAAGCUGACACAUUAAGGAACAUGACCAAAGGAAGCCAUUUUUUCCCUAACUUUUCUUUUUAAAUUGGAUCUGGCUGAAGUUCGGUGUUAGGACCAAUCAGACUGCCUUGUGCUGGUACAGACUGAGCAGGAGUCGGCUGUGGCUCUUGGGGCCGGUUCUCCUCACUGUGGGCGCUGCCAGGCCGGUGCAGAACCUCACCCCACCUGGCUCCUGGCCUCCGGCUUCAGGUCCGUAGGCACAGGGAGGUGGGCAGUGGCAGUGAGCUUUCAGGAGGCCGCAGCUGAUCUGAGAGAUACAAACACUUUUCUUAAAUAUUGUUACACAUUGCCUUUGUACGUGACUAAUGUGAAGCCACAACAUCCAAGCUAGUCAUGACCUUGAACUUGUGUACCCAAUAGAUGUAACAAUAAUUAAGAAAAGAGUCUGUAUCUCUCAGAUCAACCGCCACCUCUGGCGGGUUAAGAACCCUGUUUAAUUACAGCGGAAAAGGAGGGCAGAAUGAGGUGGAAGGAGGGAAUUAAGAUGACUCCGGAGUUUUUCUGAUUCCUAUUGUUCUUGCCUUUGGAUAUUGGCAGUUUUAUUUUCUGCUGAGAAAAAGUAACCAUGUUGUUGGGAUUAAAAAUUGAGUUACAAGGAGAUCAUCAGAAAAGAUACGAGAUAUGCAGCAAGCUCCGGAGUCACAGGCAGCUUCUGAGAGUAGCUGAGCAGAGCCGUACCGUAGAAUCUUCCCUGUGCUUUGGAGAAGUGCAUGAGAGCUGUAAGUUUACCAUAAGAUGUAAGUGUUCUAAAGCUCAAGAGCUGGGGACGCUCAAAGGGAAAGACAUCUGUGUGCAUUUCUUUCUGGUGCAUGCUGGUCCCUGGGAAGGGGGAGGUCUCCAAAGGCGAUUUGAUUACUACACUGCCUCAAAAAUCCAAGAUUUAUAGGGUUCAGCUACUUCUAGAGAUUAAUUUAGAUACUAGAUAAACUCAGUCUCAUUCUUAAUGUAAAUGCAAGGAAAUUAAAAGCAUAUAUCCGUUGUCCUUUAAAUAUACAUAACUUGUGCUUUUGUAAGGAUUAUCCUCCAAUCAAACUUUAACUUUUCUGGUGAACUAGAGUCUUUAAAAUUAACAAGCCAUAUUUUUAAAAGAGUGUGGAGGAGGGUCUAUAUAGAUGAUAGAUAUAAUUUAUUAUGAUAAUAAGUGGGUUCCUGUUAGAGACCUCAUUUCCAGGUGCAGCUUCUGUGGCAGAUGUAUUUCACAGAUGUACCCUUACAUGCAUUUGCCAAACUGUUACCAGAAGGGACCCUGCUUCUGAUAAAUCUACUACUGUCAUUGUGGGCAUUAUGAUGCAAUCUAAUGCAAUCAGGAUGAAGUAAGAGCUAGACUGUAAGAGAAAAUCAUAGUCUUGCCGUGAAUUGUAUCUGGCGAUAACUACUCUUGAGUCAUUUUUAAAGUGUCUUUUCUUUUAUCAAGCAUUCAUGAUAUUCUUAAUCUUUUAAUGUAAAAGGAAUAGUUGAGGGACAAAUACAUUAUCAUAACUAGGGGAUUAUGUUGAUAUGUUUUUCCUAGAACAACAGAGAGAUCGAUUACAAAUGUUUACUUCCUAAUAUUGAAGAAUUUGGAGGACUAUAGCAAAAUUUACUUGAAAUUCAUUUUAAAAGAAAGUUUGUGGGGGUGAGGAAAGAAAGAUUUUAUUACCAGAAAAUAUUUCUUGGCAUAGGGAAUGCGUAAUCACCAAAGAACUUUCUUUACAUCCACAUAGAAUAGUGUCUGUUCUUCAUCUACACAGAAGCAGUUUCUAACACCUUGGUGUUGCAAAGUCAACAACAAAACAAUAAGAAUUGAGUUUUUACUUUGGAGUUGGUCAGAUUCUUAGGUCACAAUAAUACCUCCUAUCAUUCUUAAGAGGCUUAGGAGUCCUGCAUCCUACACCCGCACGGGUCUUGGCCCAGUGCUUGGCCCAGUAGCUUCUCAUGUCUCUCUUCCUUUCCUUCUUUACUGCCAGUCUCUGUCUUUAUUUUUUCCAAAGAUUACCUGAAAACAGACAAGAAAACGCAAGGGUAAACUGCCACAUUCUUAUUGCUGCCUUAAGCCCCCUGAAUAAGGCCCCCCCCUUGCUUUCUUUUAGGAAGGAGAAGAGGAAGGUGACCGUGGCCACUCACUGUCACCGCUGAGCAAAUGGGAACCGACCGAGUGCAAGAGGGGGCGAAUUUGGAAGGCCAGCACUCGGCCAGUCUGGGGACAGUCACAUAGACACAUUUUUCUCUAAUUUCUCUCUUUUGUAAAGGCUUUAGAUUUGUAAGUUUGGUGUGCAAGUCAGUGAGUGGCAUAUGUGCAUUUUCCUAUGAUUUUUGUGACUUGACUUACAAACUAGGAGUACAAAGGGGCACUCGCCCAAAGCUGCUUCUGCAGUAAAGUCAGCCAAGGUGUAAAGCAAGUGACAGUGCAUCAGCAAACUGCUGACUGUGGAGAGAAGCCAGGUGUGCCCGUGACUGGGGGGCACCUGCGGGAAAACUGAGACUGUCCUCGGUGAAGGGUCGGAGUGUGGUAAACAGGUCCCUUGUCUGGGCAUUGAGGACUACCAGAAGGGCAGGUUAAAGAAAGUUAAAUUUUUGGAUAGACUAUUUGGUUUAUGUAACUUUAUACAUAUAGUAAUUAGGUGUCCAAAGACCAUGUUCUGGCAGGUGGAAAAGUUCUGAAUUUCAAAGUGAAUAAGGAAUAAACAGUGGAAUAUAAUAUCCAGACAUAUAAAUAAGAAAUGAUCUAGAGCCUGACCUUAAAUUACAAGUUCUUCAUUCAGACCAAGAGCCAAGUAACAGGGAAUUCUUAGAAGAGAUUAGCUGACAAUGUGAGUUUAGAAUAAAGCCAUAACAGAUGCUGUAUAAAAUUACACAAAAUUGAUUGUACAGAGCAAAGCAAAUCAGCUAGACUUUCUCUCUUAGAAUUUCUAAUUUUGCUCUUAUAAUAUCCUCAAUGGUCAUCAAUUAGAUAUUCCUACAUCAAUGUUUUACACUAUUCAGAUUCUUUGAUUAGAAAUUCUUAUUCAACUUUAUAGUAUUAAUUUCCAAGGAGAAAAAAAUCAAAUGAAGUUUCUACUCCAUGAUCACUAUUUUAGAUAUUCCCUUAAAAGACAAAAAAAAAAAAGAAAAAAGUAGUUUAGAAAAAUGAACGACAUAACUGUUUUUACUUAUCAAAAUAGAUGUUUUCUUUUAAGUAGUUUAAGUCCCUGAAAAUGAACUUUAAAUUUUUUUGUGAUUGUUGUAAGGUAACUUUUAGAGGGAAAUCGGUGGUUAAAUUUCACAGUAAGAGCUGGGUGUUAUUUUUUUUGACAAUUUGACCAAUAUUUCUCUCACUGGAACCAAAAAAAGUCAACUUUUAAAUAUUAGUUAAGGUGACACAUGUCUUUUCUAGAUGUGCUCCGUAACAUGCCCUCUGCCAGACAAAUUCGCCUUCCUCUUCCAAAAGUGACCUGCCGUGUCACAGGCGUAGUGGACAGGGUGGCGUAGUGACUGGGACAAAUGUCAGGGCUUCCGUUGUUCAUUGCAGUCUCUCCCUGUUUCCUAAGCUUGACAGUGUUCUGAGGUACUGUUUGGGUUAGCGGGGCCAUGAUUCACGGGACAUUUCUGCCCAUGCAGACAUGCGUGCACAUCUUAGUCGGUGCGCACAGAGUCGUUCUAAGUGUAUGCUGCAGGUUUGGUUUUAUGAAUGUAACUGCAAUGGACUCAGUCUUGCCCUUCCAGUUACUGUUUUACAGAGAGGUUGUACAAGAAGGCAUAAAGAAACAGCAUUGUGAACCGUGGGCUGGAUGCCCCUGUGGCCCAUGAUUUGCAAACAUGUUCGUUCUUCAAUAAAUGUGACUUU